CCAAGCCUUCCUUUAAUCAUUGAGGAAGCAUUCCUUCCAUAUCCGCCCAAUCCAUCUUGGUCACAAAAGACCAUUUAUCUUCCUCAAGACUGCUUCUAUGUGAAAAAAAUAAAGAAUAAUAAUUCACGUGAUCCCUGGAGUCAGCCUGGCUGGAUCUCAAUCCUGACUCUACCAAUUGUAAUGACCUGGGAAGACGAUGCCAUCGCUCAGUCUUUAAUUUCCUUCUCUGUUAAAAUGACAAGGUGCAGUACUGAUUUUAUAAGGUUCUUUUGAGGAUUAUCUAAAAUAAUGACUAUCAAGCACUUAACACAGGAGGACAUGGCACACACUGAGUGCCGAAUAAACGGUAGUUAUUAUUAGGGAUAUUCUUUGCUUCGUAUUCCCAUCUGUGAGCGUUUUUUUUUCCGUUAUUUCUCCGCAGAAACCCUUUCUCUCGGGGCUGCUGAUCUGCGAAGCAUCUGGUCCUUCAUAUCCCUGAGUCAUCAGCAUAAAGAUGCCGGGUUUCCGAAGUCCUCCCUCCUCCUUCUGCUCUCUAGGGCUCCCUCUCCUGACUGCUUAGUUCUCCUGGGGGCCCACAACUAAAUUUCGUGACGGCUUGUCUUUCUCGGGGCCGAGCCACCCGUCUUGGAGGAACGUCCUCAGUCCCCUUUGCCCCAGAGACCACCAGACAGGCAGCGACGUGACCCCGAGGCGCGCCCGGACUUCCAAGUGGCCGGGGGCCGGGCGGUGCCAGGAGGUGAGCAGGAGGCGGUGGGCGGGGCCACGCUUCGUCCGAGGUGAGAGCAAGGCCACACCCCGAGGUGCGAGAGCUGGAGGCGUGGCCCCACCCAAGGCGAAAGCGAGGCUGAAGGCGGAACCACGCCCAGAACUGGAUGCGAUGCCAGGGGCGUGGCCGCGCCGGUGAGGCGGCUGGGACCGUUAGGGUUGUGCUAUCCGCCUCCUGGGCGUGAGGCAUUGCAGGGGUUAAGGCCGCCGGCGCCACCUGGGCGCCGCUGAGGAGACCUGCGAGCCGGCGAAUCCCGGGCGCGGGCCCGGCGAACAGGUGCCCGCGCGCGUCAGGCGCCGGCACGGGGCGGGGCGAGGGGACGCGGCCGGAAGCCCGGGGCGGGGCGCGGCCGGCCCGGUGAGCGGGAGGAGCCGGGGAAGGCAGGAAGGAGCUCACCGGGCUGCGCGGCGCGCGAUGUGGAGCCGCCGCCUCGGCCCCUGCAGCAGCAGCAGCCGCCGUCGCCGCCGCUGCUGCUGGGGCUGCCGCCGAGCCGAGGGUCAUGGAGCGCGGCUGCAGAGAGCGGCCGCCGGCAGCAGCAGUGAGCGUCGCGGCGACCGCGGAGCGCAGCCCGCCCCGUGAGGCGCUGCCCGGCCGGCGGCGGCAGCAGCAGCAGCGGCGGCAGCGGCAACAGGGCGGCUGAGAACCCGGCGGCGGCUGCGGCGUUUCUCCUCGCUUCCUCCCUUCUCGCUUCGCCGUCCCUCAGUCUCCAUUCCCGAGUCCUCCCUUUCCCAGCCUUCCCAUUCCCACCGCAGCCUCCGCUACUACCCCCUCCUCUAGCUCGCGCGUGAGCAGCUGAGCCCGGGGGCGGGGAAGGGGGCGCGGGGGAGGGGCGGGCCGGCGCGCGCCGCGCCCAGGGCUCGCGGGGACCCGGGGGGCGCGUGCCGCGGCGCGAGGCGAGGCGCGGGGCGCGGGGCGGCGCGGCGGGGCCCCUCCCCCCUGCAGCCUGGCGCGCGCCGGCCGGGCCGCACCGCUGCGGGCUCCGCGCGCGCGGGCCAUGUCCGCCUUCUGCCUGGGCUUGGCCGGCCGCGCUUCAGCACCUGCUGAGCCGGACAGCGCCUGCUGCAUGGAGCUGCCCGCCGCGGCCGGGGACGCAGUCCGGAGUCCCGCCGCCGCCGCCCUCAUCUCCUUCCCCGGGGGCUCCGGGGAGCUGGAACUGGCGUUAGAGGAGGAGCUGGCGCUGCUGGCGGCCGGGGAGCGGCCGUCCGACCCCGGGGAACGCUCUCAGGCCGAGCCUGGGCCUCUGGCUGAGGGGGCCGGACCGCAGCCGCCGCCCGCCCAGGACCCCGAGCUGCUGUCGGUGAUCCGGCAGAAGGAGAAGGAUCUAGUGUUGGCGGCUCGGCUGGGCAAGGCGCUGCUCGAGAGGAACCAGGACAUGAGCCGGCAGUACGAGCAGAUGCACAAGGAGCUGACAGACAAGCUUGAGCACUUAGAGCAAGAGAAACAUGAACUGAGAAGACGAUUUGAGAACCGAGAAGGGGAGUGGGAAGGCCGAGUGUCAGAGUUGGAAAGUGAUGUGAAGCAGCUACAGGAUGAGUUGGAGAGGCAGCAGGUUCAUCUGCGGGAAGCAGAUCGAGAAAAAACACGGGCUGUCCAGGAACUGUCGGAACAGAACCAAAGGCUAUUGGAUCAGCUCAGCAGGGCAUCAGAAGUUGAGAGACAACUCUCCAUGCAAGUCCACGCCCUCAGAGAAGACUUUCGGGAGAAAAACUCGUCAACCAACCAGCACAUCAUCCGGCUGGAGAGCCUUCAGGCCGAGAUCAAGAUGCUGUCAGAUCGCAAACGGGAGCUGGAGCAUCGUCUCAGCGCUACUUUAGAGGAAAAUGACCUGCUCCAAGGGACCGUGGAGGAGCUACAGGACCGGGUGCUAAUCCUGGAGAGGCAGGGUCAUGACAAGGACCUACAGCUGCACCAGAGCCAGCUGGAGCUUCAGGAGGUGCGUCUCUCCUGCCGACAACUGCAGGUGAAGGUGGAAGAACUCACUGAGGAGAGGAGUCUGCAGAGCUCUGCCGCCACCAGCACAUCCCUCCUGUCAGAGAUUGAGCAGAGCAUGGAGGCCGAGGAGCUGGAACAAGAGCGAGAGCAGCUGAGACUGCAGCUCUGGGAAGCCUACUGCCAGGUUCGCUAUCUGUGCUCACACCUUCGAGGCAAUGACAGCGCUGACUCGGCCGUCUCCACGGACUCCUCCAUGGAUGAGUCUUCAGAAACCUCGUCUGCCAAGGAUGUGCCAGCCGGCAGCUUGCGCACUGCCCUCAACGAGCUCAAGAGACUAAUACAGAGUAUUGUGGAUGGCAUGGAGCCCACGAGCUCCCGGAGACUUGAUGAUGACUCCUUAGAAGAACAGAUAAGGCAGACCAGUGAGGACUCAAGAGCCCUGAGGGAGCUCAUGGAGGGAGAGAGGGGUAAACUGAGGCAAAGCCUAGAAGAGCUGCAGCGACUCCACAGUCAGGUGACACUGCUGAGUGUGGAGAUGACUGCCCUAAAAGAGGAGAGAGACCGACUCAGAGUGACAUCUGAGGACAGGGAGCCAAAGGAGCAGCUUCAGAAGGCCAUCAGGGACCGUGACGAGGCCAUUUCAAAGAAGAACGCUGUGGAGCUGGAGCUCGCCAAGUGCAGGAUGGACAUGAUGUCUCUGAACAGCCAGCUGCUGGAUGCCAUUCAGCAGAAACUGAACCUCUCGCAGCAGCUGGAGGCCUGGCAGGAUGACAUGCACAGGGUCAUUGACCGGCAGCUGAUGGACACGCACCUGAAGGAACAGAGCCAGCCGGCUGCUUCCCUCUGCAGGGGCCAUAGUGCCGGGCGGGGAGACGAGCCCAGCACCGCUGAAGGCAAACGACUCUUCUCAUUCUUCAGGAAAAUUUAAGUUAGGAGGAGUCAGGCCACCAAAGAUGGGUGGACUGGAGGCAGCUGGAAAAGCAGUGCAGGCGAGGGCCUCCCCGCAGCGUGCAGCUAAGCAGCUAAGUAGCUGCCCUGCCCCUCGCACUAGGGCCCCGUGGGUCCGGGAGGGCCUUCUCCCUUUCGUCAGUGGGGAUGGAAACCUAGAGGUGGGGGUCUUCCUUGGCCACUGAAGGCUGCCCUUGGCCGGAGCAGGGUUAGGCCACCUCCCAGAGGGGCCUCUUGGUGUUGGUUUCUCAGCUCAGCCCAACAGAUCGCAGCUUACCCCCAGGCACUGCUGCCUCCUUGAUUUUAGCCAGUGGGGAACAGAAGGAAUGGAGGCCCUUCUCUGCAUGUCUCAGGAGGCCUUAGCCCCGGGGCCUAGUCCUUCGGGGCAGCAGGCCAUGCCUAAGCCUCCAUUCCUUCCCUAGCCCCUGGCCUAGGGUUGAAGGGGAGAUGGCAGCCCCUCCCCCUCGUGCAUGCACCUCUGCUGGCAGGAGGCCAAGCCUCUGGCCGCAGGGCCUAAGAGCCAGGGCUUACCCAAGCUCAGCUGAGGCCACCCCCUGAGCCCCCAGGAGGAAGACUCUGGCCCCCGGCUGCCACUACUUUCCCUCCCAGCCUCCAGUCUCUGCCCCUUAGCAGGGCCGGGCCAGGCAGUGUUCUUGCCAGUCAUCUGCAGGCUUUAGCCAUCCAGCCCUUUCCCCUGCUCAGGGCUGGGGCUGGACAGGGUCUCCUCCUCCUCUCACAGCUCCCUUUCUCCACCCCUCACAUACACAACUUCUUGGCCCAGCCAAGCAAGUCCAGGCACUAGAGGGGUCUGUGGUCAGCCACCUCGCCUUGAGGGCAGCAUGGGCACCACGGGGUGGAGGGAAUGGGGAGGCUGCCAGGAGCUUCCAGACACUGCCUGCUGGCUGCUGCUCCUGCCUCGGCAGCUGCCCCACCUCCUCCACCCAGGCCCCCACUCAGAGGCUCCGCGGCCCAGCCAGCCCCCAGCUGCUCACAGCUGAUUCAGUCUCCCUCCCUCACACGGGGAAAGCACAGCAGGGAUGCGCGGAAAGAAUGUACCUGUAGAUGUGUACAUACCACAGUGCUGUAAUUUUGUAUGUAGCAAUCAUGUAAAUACAUGUAUGGAUUUUAUAAUAUACAUAUAUAAAAAUCUAUAAAGGCAUAUUUUUAGAAAAACAGCGCACCACUGCUUCUUUUGAAAAUAGUCUGAAUAAGAAUAAAAUGAAUUUCUACGGAG